AUGCGAUGCAAUGCAACAAUUACCAAUCCAUCCAUUGAAGACGGGUAUAGGCCUCCUCACAAGCUCACAGUAGAGGAUCUCUGCGCAGGUCUCCGACCAAUGGGCUCUACAAAGGAAGUUGCCCGACUGGAAACAAAUUCCAACAGACCCCUGCUGGUAAAUCGACACACAAUGCAGAACAGAUGGCGGGAGCAACUUCUCGCCCUGGAAUACCGUGUCCGGAUCAACGAAGGUCUUAAUAUUCAUGCCACAAAUGGGCUAGCCCCGGGUCUCCUUGAAGAGCACACUGUUCGAGAUUAA